UAUUAACGGUAAAUAAUAUUUUGCUAAAAUAUUUGUAGGGCCUCUUUUUAUUCAAAGUUAGUGCCAAAUAACCAUUCUGUCUUUUAUUUGAUUUAUUUUAUAUCAUGUGUAACAAGUGGUAAUAAUUAACGUUAAAUUUACCUAAUACCUAGCAUCCUUCAGAAAUUUUUACCUUUGUAUUAUUUAAACUUAACCUAUGAAUUUAACAAGACAUUGUCAACGUUUAUUUAAAUUAGUUUAAAUUUUUAGUAAAAACAUAACUAUUAUAUAUGUAAUUUUCUAGUAUAUAGAGAAUUUUAUUAGCAUGUUUUAUGUAUAUAUUUCAACUUAGUAACCUACAUGUCUAUGACAAAUCAUGGGCGAUCAUCAGACUGACAAUGGAAUUCCAAUGCCUAAAUCGGGUUGGAAAUUUUGGAAACAAAGAAGAAACAUUUUAGCUAUUUUAGUUUUUUUCGAAUAUUUCAACCUUUAUUCUGUACGAGUUAACUUAAGUAUAGGUAUUGUGGCUAUGACUCAGGACGUACACGUUACAUUGCCAAAUGGCACUAAAGAAAAUAUAGGUCCAGAAUUCAGCUGGGAUAACAAAAUCCAAGGUUAUUUAUUAAGUUCCUUUUUCUAUGGAUAUAUAAUGACUCAGAUUGCUGGUGGAUACCUUUCCAAGAAGUUUGGAGGAAAGUUGGUCUUCGGAGGAGGAGUUGCAGGAGCUGCUUUAUUCACUUUGCUUAGCCCGUUGUUUGCUACCAUAAAUGUAUAUCUUUUUCUGGCUGGAAGAAUAUUUAUGGGAAUAUUUGUAGGUGUGACAUAUUCUAGUUUAUUCUAUUUGUGGUCCAAAUGGAUUCCACCUAGCGAAAGAAGCAGAUAUACCAGUCAAUCAACUUCAGGCAGUCAGACCGGAGCCGUUUUUGCCAUGGUGUUUUAUGCAUAUCUAGCUGACAUCAGUGGAUGGAGAAGCAUUUUUUAUUUUUCAGGUGGAAUGGCUUUAAUUUGGUCCCUAAUCUGGAUUAUAUUAAUAAAGGAAUCCCCAGAAUCUGACAAGUGGAUAUCACAUUCCGAAUUGCAUUAUAUUCAGCAAUCACUGAAAGAUGCGAAACCUGUCGAAUCCUUUCCAGUACCGUGGAAAAAUAUUUUAAUAUGUAAAGCAGUAUGGGCAUUACAGGUAGCAAUAUUUUGCGAAGCUUGGGGAUUUUAUACUUUACUCACGCUACUGCCAAAGUAUUACAAAGAUGUACAUAAUUUCGUCAUUUCGAAAUCAGGAAUACUUUCUGCGUUGCCCUACUUGGUUUUAGCCAUAAUGAUGCAAGUUACAGGUCACCUGGCAGACAAGAUUGUGCAGUGGAACAUUUUAGGCAUUACCUAUGCCAGAAAAACUUUUAUGGCUUUAGGCUUUCUGUGUCAAUCAUGUCUCAUGUUGGGUGCGGCGUUCUGGGAGGAAGCAACUGGAAAUGUUAUCUGCUUAGUACUUGCAGUAGGAAUGGAUUCCUUUGCUUUAACUAUUAUAAGUGUAAAUGUCUUGGAUCUCGCACCAGUUAAUGCAAGUAUCUUAAUUGGACUAGUAUACACGUGGGGUGUUAUACCUGGUAUCAUGAGUCCCAUUAUAGCAGGAUAUUUAAUUUCUACUGAUAACCAUACUGUACAACAAUGGAGAGUUAUAUUCUAUAUAACAGCAAGUUUGUACCUGUUUGGAGCAUUAUUCUUUGUGAUUUUUGCAUCGGGAUUAAGGCAGUCUUGGGAUAUUCCACCAAAAAUUGAUCCUAAUGAUUCCACCAGGAUAGAGAACCCUGGCAUUAGUAGAAAUAAUUGAAUAUAUUUUAACUGUAUUUAAUACUUUAUUAUUUAUUUAAAAAUGUUUUAGUGAUAUUAUAGUGUAAAAAUAUGAUCUACCUUCAAAUAAACUAAGUAUAAUACUUUAAGAAAUGUAUUUGACUUAUUGACUUUAUUGUAAAUUUUAAAAACAAAAAAAAAUCGUGAAAACUAACACUAACUGAAUUUUUUGAAAUCAGCUGAAAUGUACCAAGCCAAUAAUAACUUGUUGAUUCCAAUGACAUAUUUUUACCUACAC